AUACUAGGUAGUCAUAGAGUCACACGUUCUGUGUUUCAGGAAGCUGCAACGGAGGCUGCACAGCGUUCAUGAGCGCCAGCAAGGCGUAAUGGCUUCCAGCUGUCGCGUCCAUUUUCCAGGCACUAUGUCUGUAGCUAAGCUGGUGCCACAGGCUCUGUCACCUGGCAGCUUAAGUGGCUCAAAAGCCAAUGUCGCCAGUGCUGGAGCAGCGUCACAGCUCUCGGGAGGUACUGCGUCGUUGUCCUCUUUCAGCAAGCUGUGCGGGCUUUGCCUGACAGCCAUUUCCCUGCCCAAGUCUAAAAGUCGAUCGCGUCGUGGGCCGAUUGUGAGGGCUCAGGAAGGGGGCCGUAAUGCAACGGUGGUGAGAGGAAGCGAAGCGCCGGAGAAGCCGGCAAAACUUAGACUAGGCCAGGGUGGCAAUAUUGUCGAAUCUCAGCAUGGUGCCUUUGUUGUCUACCCGCCAACCAUUCCCGUCAAGCGCAGGGUUGGUCGGAGCAUUGUGCGGCCAGAACCCAGACAGAAACCCAAGGAGAGCUCUAAGCGAACGACAAUUCAAGGGGACGAUGAGGAAAGAGACGCGGUUUUUCUGGAAAGUAAGGAGUCAAAGUUGGCUGAGAAAGCGGCAAAAUCGAGAGCGAGGGAGGGUUAUCUCAAAGAUGAGGAGGAAGAAGCGGAAGUGCAGUCAGAAGGGAAGGACGCCGCACCGGGGUCUUUAGCAGCGGGGGAGAGUGAGUCAGCAGAGGAAGAGCCCUACUUUAGGGGCAAGGCAGACGUCCGAUUGGACUACGACAUCAGGCCGGUGGUGGAGAGGAUCAGGCAGGAGGGGCUUGAGGUUAUGGCGUUGUUUGUGGAUAAGCUUGGGGUUAGGGACAUGGACCGCAUCCUGCUGAAGUUUGGGGCAAGGGCGGAGUGGCAGGUGGCGCUGCGGGUGUUCGAGUGGAUGUUGAAGGAUCGGUUUCUUCAGCCAGACCAGAAGACAUACACAAUCAUGAUGGACAUUUUAGGGACAAACAAGCAGCCCCGGCUGGCUGAGGAAAUGUUCCAGAGCAUGCAGGAAGAGGGGCUGGUAGACACGAGGGCGUGCAACGUCCUACUAAAUGCGUACGCUCAGGUCGGCCAGGCGAAGCAGGCGUCGGCUCUCUUUGGUUACAUGAAAGAGCAGCGCAUGAGGCUGGACGCAUACACGUAUAGCAGUGUCAUCAAAGCCCUCAGCCGGGAUAGGAGCAGGACGGACGAAGUGUUGGCGUUGUUCCAGGAGAUGCAGGCCGCCCGGAUAGCGCCCACGUCCGUCAUCUACUCGCAAAUGAUCGAGACCCUGGGUUCGGCUGGGUUUGUGGACCAGGCAGAGAGCGUCUUUAAGCAGAUGCAAAGGUCGGGAGUGGCUCCCGAACUGAUUGCGUUCAACUCCCUGCUGGCAGCGUAUACAAAGCAGGGCAUGAUCAGCAAGGUCGAGGCCAUUUUUGACGAUUUGAAGCAAGCGGGCUUUGAACCAAGCAAGUAUACCUAUGCGACCGUAAUUAACGCGUAUGGGAACGCGGGCGAUCUCGAUUCCGCCGAGCGCGUUUUUGCGGAGUACCUCGCGUCCCCCCAGGUCCAAGAGCCCGGCCCCCACAACGCCCUUAUGGGCGUCUACGCCCGCAGGGGCGACCUCACGAAAGCGCUCCAAGUGUUCGCCGGCAUGAAUGAGCGGGGGGCAUCUCCCAACGACGUUUCGGCCGUAAUUAUCUUGAGCUCUCUGGUGCGCGCCCGGAAGAUGAACGAGGCGGAGCAGCUUUACGAGACGAUAGAAGCGCUGGAGAUCUCGCACAGCACGCAGCUGUGGAACGCGGUGAUCCACAUGUACGGCAAGGCGGGCAAAGUGGGCAAGGCAAGGGAGGCGUAUGCGACGAUGCAGAAGGAGGGCUUCCGCCCGAACGAGGUCACAUACCGCGAGCUUGCCGCCCUGGACCGGCUCGAGCGUGGCAGCGCCCCGAUGCGUGCCGUCAACGGCACCCCGGUACCCCGACUAGAACAACGGACCCUCCUAGAAAUGGUCGGAAAGGCCGUGCAAGAGGGCAACCUCCGAGAAGCUCUAGUCGUCCUGCGGGCCGCUCUGAAGGACACCCGCGCCGAGUUCGAAGUGCAGGCGUUCAACGUCUUUUGCAGAGCGUGCGAGAGAAACAACGAGUGGGAACCCGUCGAGGAGCUGUGGAGGGAGAUGCGGCAGCAGGGCAGGCAGCUGCCAGCGAUGACGUACUACGCCGUCCUGCAAGUGUUUGCCAAGUCGAAUCAGUUGCCGAGAGCCGAGGCGGUAUUUUCGGAGAUGCGGUCGAAGGGGAUGGCGAAAGUGGCGAACGGAUACAACAUGCGGAUGAACGGGUACGGGCGCGUGCGGGACUUCGAGGCGAUGGAGGGCGUCUUUGGGGAGAUGCAAGCGGCGGGCGUAACCCCGGAUGAGGUGACGUUCAACACGCUGAUCAGCCACUACGCGCGCACCCAGCAAUUCGAGGCGGCUCUCGACGCCCUCGAGCGCAUGCGCGACGCGGGCCUGCGCCCGAAUGACGUCACCCACGGGAUCUUCCGGCGGGACUGCCACGUCAGCCCCGACCAGGUUCAGGAGGCCCUGCAGCGGGGCAGCUUCCAGGGGAUCAUCCCGGAUGACGUGUAUGUACGUCAGAAGAAGGGGCGGGGCCGGCCAAGGAGAGGGAGCCACGUGGCAGUGGAUACGGAGGGUGGUGCGGGCAUGGCGGGAGCUACACCUGCGAGUGGGGGUUUUGAAGAGAGCACGUCAAGAACGGGGGCUGAGUCGCUGGUAGAGGAGCAGCCGUCGUCUAGUUCUGCAACAGGUGAGGACGAGUGGCUGCGGACGCUCCUGCGCAGCCAGGAGGGGCCGUCCGUGGUGUACGACACCGUCCGGUGGACAGGACCGGACCCCCCGCUCGACGCAUCUAGUUUGACGGAGAGGGUACGGCAACUGGUAGAGAAGGAGGGGCCGGAGCGGAAAUGGAAAGUGGCAAGCUUCAACAACCUUUUGUAUGCAUAUGCCGACAACCUGCACAUGAAGGGCGCCCUUCACAUCUUCGACAAGAUGCUAGAACGAAACGUGCUUUUGAAGAAGAGGAGUGCGAUGAAGCUGUUAGAAAACCUGGCCCGGACCCAGCACACAGACGAUACAAUCCGCGUCAGGGACGUGUGCGAUAAGGCGGGCAUUGCCAGCUUUAUCUACGUUAGUGAAGCAGUUGAGCGUGAGAUGAACCGGGCUGGGCGCCUGUCUGUUCAGCCGCGUUGAGAACACGGUUGAAGUCGGAAGUACUGAGGGGGAGUCGAAACGGAGGGGGAUACUGUUAUUUGUGUUAAUUUGACGCUUGAACCCUGUGAAUUAUGAAGCAUGUCUAAAGACUUUGAUUCGAUCAUGCAUAAAGUUGUUACUGAAGUGUUUUUUUCAUUGCAUUAAGCAAGUGAGCAUCAGGCG